UCCCUGACAUGCCUAUGCUAAAAGCUCACGAGAUACACACGAAGGAUACUGCGCAGCUACGGCCGUGAUGCGGUAGGAUAGAAAUACUCUGCCAUUGUACGCCCGAUGUCAAAAAAUCGACGUCAUCCGGAGUAGCGCUCUUGUCCUUACAGGUAGACCCCAUUUGUGGUCGGCUAAGCUCGAAGUCAAGAAGACACAAUUCCGAGCAAAAAGACUUCCCUACUAUGCCGACGGCGAUCGUGACUGGAGCUAACAGUGGCAUUGGACAUGCCUUUGCCCAUAUCCUCAUCCGCGAGGGAUGGGAGGUUCAUGCCUGCGACCUACAGAUAGGCGAGAAACUACAAUCUCUAACAGCAGCUCGGCUCCACCGGCUCGAUGUCCGCGCACCAGAGUCCAUAUCCUCAUUCGCGGAGCAACUAUCUGGAAAGCCGGUGGACGUUCUGCUUAACGUUGCAGGAGUUGAAGCACCAGUACAACAGGACACCCUCGAGACGGUAAACAUGGCCGUGUUGCGGCAGACGUUCGAAGUCAACACAUUUGGUCCGUUGCUGCUGACUCAGGCUGUAUUACCCAACAUAUUUGCCAGCCAGGCACAACCGCCACGAAUAGGGAUUGUGAGCAGCAGGGUUGGCAGUAUAGCAGACAACACCACGAGUACAAGGUACGCUUACCGCUCAUCAAAGGCGGCUGUCAACAGCAUCGGCAAGAGCAUGUCCUGCGAUCUCAAAGACCGGGGUGUCGUUGUCAGUCUUCUGCACCCAGGCAUAACGCGUACCAACUUAUUGAGCGAUAUGAAUAUCCCUGGAGCUGUAGAGCCAGAAGAGGCGGCAAGCAAGUUGUGGAAGGUAUUCAUGAGCAAAGGCCUGGAGGAAACGGGUAUGUUCUGGCAUCGUGAUGGCUUCGAGUUUCCAUGGUAGCAUCGUUGAUGUUUCCACCCUUGAAAGCUACUUAGUGUACUAUGUCUCUGUAGCGUGCCUUCAACUAUUCGGACUGGCCACAGGUUCCUCC